UGCAAAAAUGAAAUCGAUUCGAACAUUUUUAUUUUUUAAUUGCACGAUUGGUUUUCUUUUCUUCUGUGCCAGUGUCAGUGGUUGUAUAAACUGUGGUUUGGAGGGUUUGCUUGACGACGUGUUUGCAGAUGUGUGUGAAGUGUGUCCCUUGCUGGCAAGCACUACUUUGAAACUGAAGGAACUGUUCACUUCUAGUUCUGAAGAAAACGAAGGCCCCAUCACCUCAGACCUGGUUUCCGAGUGUCUACGAUGCGGUCGGGAUUUGGCAAAGACAGCUGCAAAGCGGGGAAACCAACUAGUCAAGAAUGGUAUCACGUUAGAGUCGUAUUCUCCAUCGCUACUGCAUUUCUUCUACACAGAACUGCCACAUGAUAUGAAGAAGGCAUCUGAGACUUCAAACGAAUUGAUAAAAGCGACGAAGUUGUUGCAAAUGAAGAUGUGUUCGGGCUCCAACGUAACUCCGAACACAUUUCUCUCUUACUUGGAGCAUCACGUCAUUCGUCCCAAAGAAACAUUCUGCAAGCCGUUUAGCCCUGUCUGCUGCAAUGAUAAGUACCGUAGCAUUGAUGGCACUUGCAACAAUAAGCAGCAUCCGUACUGGGGCCGACGAGGUGCGCCGUUCACGCGUAUAGCCACUCCGAGAUAUGCUGAUGGAAUCUACGCAAUGCCAGUAGCUAAGAGCGGUCGGCCGUUACCCAACCCUCGAGUUCUUUCAACCAGGCUGUUCAACGACCGUCCGAUAGCCAGCCAUGUGUUCACGUACCUCAACAUGCAGUGGGGACAGUUCAUCACGCAUGACCUGAUGUCUAAGGUCAUGGAUGUAACAGACGAAGGUGGAAUCCAGUGCUGCCUCGGCAACGGCCAAGAUGUUCUGCCUCAAGAUUUGCUAAACGAGAAGUGCAUACCCAUAUGUGUGCCAGAUGAUGAUCCCUUCUACCAGUACUAUGGUAUUAAGUGCUUGAACUUUGUGAGGAGCGUUACUGCCCCGAGAGAUGACUGCAGCUUGGGUCAUGCUGAGCAGAUGAAUACAGUGACUAGUUACCUAGACGGGUCAGUAAUAUACGGAUCAGAUAAUAAGCUAGCGUCAAAACUACGAACGAAAUGUGGUGGAAGACUCAAAGAGGAGACAAGGAACUCAUGUAAGAAGGGAUUCCUGCCAUCAGUUGAUGAUAAAGCUGGUACUUGUGACUUGAGAAACAUGUCCGAACCUUGUUAUUUAGCAGGUGACGACAGAAUCAACCAAACGCCAACCUUAGCAGUUUUACACACAUUACUGUUAAGAGAGCACAACCGUGUCGCUGAUAUACUGGGCACAUUGAACCCACUGUGGUCGGAUGAGAAAAUUUACCAAGAGGCUAGGAGGGUUGUUAUUGCCGAAAUACAACAUAUAACAUACCAGGAAUGGCUGCCAUGUAACUUUGGCGAGAAUUAUCUAAGAUACUACCGCAUUGCACCAUCAUCUCUCUACAGCCGAGACUACAAUGAAGAUGUCAACCCUGGAAUCAUCAACGGCUUUGGAGCUGGCGCAUUUAGAUUCCUUCACACAAUGAUACCAGAUUCCUUUAUGGCUUGUCCCGCGUCAUACCAAGCAGCGUAUUUGUAUAAGAUAAGUGACUACUUUUUCAACCCAAGUCUUGUAGAAGCUUCCAAAGAUUCGUUUGAUGAUAUUGUACGAGGUUUAGUAACACAUAGAGCAGCAGAAUCUGAUCCAUAUGUUACUGGAGAAUUGACGAACUUACUCUUUAAAUCGCACAACAAAUGGGGGUUAGACCUUAUUUCUAUGGAUAUACAGAGAGGCAGAGAUCAUGGGAUCGCUUCUUAUAAUGACUAUAGGGAAACAUGUGGACUAAAAAGAGCGACGACAUUCCAAGAUUUAAUUGGCGAAAUAUCUCAAGAUAGAAUAAACGCACUUGCUCAAUUGUAUGAAUGCGUUGACGAUAUAGAUUUAUUCGUUGGAGGUGCAAUGGAAAAGGACGUACAAGGUUCCGUUUUAGGUUAUACGUUUCAAUGCAUUGUUGCUGAGCAGUUCUACAGAACUCGUAUCGGAGAUCGAUAUUUUUAUGAUAACAGUGAAAUGCCGCAUUCUUUUACACCAGAUCAACUAAAAGAAAUUAAAAAGGCAUCAAUGGCGCGUCUAAUUUGCGACAAUACGGAAGGUGUAAAAUAUAUUCAAAGAAAGGCAUUUGAAGCAGAAUCUGUUUACAAUCCUAAGUACAGUUGUGAUGAUUAUGAUAAUAUACCCGUUGUGGAUCUGACGGCAUGGAAGAGGCCUAAAUUUGAACUUUAUGAUUAAGUUUAAUACCUAUUAAUAGAACACCAUAUCUGUUAUUAUUAAGAUAAUGUUAUUAUUGUUAAUAAUAUUAAAUAUUUUGUUAAUUUAGAAGACUAAUUUAUUUUUAGAAAAUCUCAUAAUAAUAAGAGUGGUUCUGAAUAAAAUGCUGUUUUUUUUUUCAUGAUUUAUUUGAAACCUGUAUA